AUGGUCAGUAAGACAAGGGAAGUAAAUCUACUUCCCCGAUUACUAUGGGAAGAACAUAGCUUCCAACAGGGCUCACUUGGAAACAGCAGCAGUGGAGCAGGAAAAGGCAGUUUGAGUCCUUGUCUGUUACAUACUCGGCAUUAGUCAGCCAGAAGAUCGCCACAAUAAUCAGUGAUCCAAGAAGCUUUGGGAAGCCCACCUCCACAGCCUGCAACAACAAGUGAAAAGAUAGAGAAACAUUUUAGUUCAUCAGGACCUUCAAUCCCAACACUAGCUAAGACACAGUGAAAACAACGAAAGCUUUUCCAUCCCUAAUAAGCAGCACAAAGAAAACAGAUCUGGAAUUUCCUCCUCCUUGCAAUGAGAAUAGCGCUAUUCGAAUAAACCAGAAUGAACCUCAUGGAUAUCGCCAAGAUCUUUUCUCUUCUGCAACCUGAAAAGGAGGAGGAGGACACUGACACCGGGGAAAAACAGGCUCUCAAUCAAGCUGUAUAUGACAAUGACUCCUGUACCCUGGACCACCUUCUACACCAGGAACGUUAUAAACGGUUCAUCAACAGCAGGAGUGGCUGGGGUAUACCUGGAACACCCUUGCGUUUGGCAGCUUCUUAUGGUCACUUAAAUUGUGUGAAGGUCCUCCUGGAACAUGGUGCUGAUGUUGAUAGCUUGGAUGUCAAAGCACAAACACCACUUUUCACUGCUGUGAGCCACGGUCAUCUGGAGUGCGUGAGAAUGCUUUUAGAAGCUGGUGCCUGUCCUAGUGGUAGCAUCUACAACAAUUGCUCUCCUGUUCUCACUGCCUCACGUGAUGGGGCUUUUGCCAUCUUACAGGAGCUCCUAGGGCAUGGUGCCGAGGCUAAUGUCAAAGCUAAACUACCAGUCUGGGCGUCAAAUAUAGCUUCAUGUUCUGGGCCCCUCUAUCUGGCUGCAGUCUAUGGGCACCUUGAUUGUUUCCGCCUGCUUUUGCUCUAUGGGGCAGAUCCUGAUUACAACUGCACUGACCAGGGCCUUUUAAGUCGUGUUCCACAGCCUCGCACACUCCUUGAAAUCUGCCUUCAUCACAAUUGUGAGCCAGAGUACAUCCAGCUUUUAAUAGAUUUUGGAGCUAACAUCUACCUUCCAUCUCUCCCUGUGGACCCAACUUCACAAGAUGAUAAAGGCAUCAAAUUGCUGCUACAAGCCCGAGCCACUCCACGGUCACUCCUGUCCCAGACCCGUUUAGUUAUCCGCAGAUCCCUAUGCCGGGCGAACCAGUCACAAGCCACCGACCAGCUGGAUAUCCCCCCUGUGUUGAUUAGCUACCUCAAACAUCAAUGAUAAGUUUUCAACUUUCUCAGGAACCUAAUGCAUGAUACCUCCAAAAAUAAACCUGGUAACCCAGGUUACUUGAGUGAAUAAUACACCUCAUAACGCUUCUGGCGUAUUAUUUUCCACAACAAAAUCCUCAGCACAGUGGUGGUGGUGUCUUCUGUUUAUAUGUGGGAAUGGGAGAGGACCACUGGGGAAAGGGUUUGAUUAGCCAUAGGGAAGGAAGACCAUACGCCUGGCCCUGACAAGCACAUGGAUCUUGACUGCUCAAAAAUGAAGAGAGAAAACAGACCUAUUGUGAUACCUUCUCAACAAGGCUUUCAGUAAGAGUUUGCUGUCCUGGUUUAAAGGUUUUGAAAAAUCUAAGAAUGUGAAAGAAUCCAAGUGGGCUUCUGAAAUUGGUUUUUCUAGGAUCUACUCUAGCCCAUGAUGACUAUCCUCAAAGCUGAAGCUUUGGGGAAUUAGAAGUUAAUGUCAGUAUCUCCAUGUGGUUUAGGGUCUAGAAAAGUCCACCCAUUUGAAUAGGACACAACAGAAUGGCCUCUUUUAGGCAUGUGAGACAUAUUUUCUGGUUGACCCAUGAAAGCAUAUGGACAAUGGGUAUUUCAAAAGCCUUUGAAAUCGAGACUAAUAUUGGUACAUAUCAAAUUUUGGACAAUGAGGAGGGGCUGAAAUAGCCCUGUUUAGUACAUGAGGUGACUGAGACACUGAAAAACUUGAAUAUGUUUGGGGUAAUCCAGCUCUCCAGGUUGCUUCUACGUGUUCUUUUUCUAUUUCCAUUGCAUGUGAAAAGUCGAAAGCUUGAUGCCCCAAUGUAGGAGAA